GCUUGAGCCACACUAACCGAUAUAUUGGACUAUCAGAUUUCGUUCAUUAGAUCAUAAUUGUCUCCGCUUUAAUAUAUUUGUGUCGUAUCCUUUCAUGUUUUGGACGCGAUAGUUUGUUUUACAGCGUUGGUUUAGCUAGUUAAUCUACAUUACCGAAACGUACCAACAUUAGACUUACAGUAGCAAGGUUAUGUUUAAAUUACGAACCGCUCUCUUCCGCAUAUAGACAUAGUAAGAGUGCAUAUAGUGAAACAAAAACUCUGUACCUAGUGCAGUGCCUGACUUUAGGAACUGUGUUGUUUUAUAAUGCGCUAGAAGUGGACGUGUGAGGGGAUAUCAACAUUUGUCCAAGAUGGCGGACAUAUACCACGAUGACGCCGCUGCUAUACGGAGCUACCUUAAGCUCUCAGACGAUGAGAACGUCAUCACCAAGGAAAGAUUCACAGAACUUUUCAGAGAUCUCAGUAUGACGUCAUUGGAGCUAGACGCCAUUUUUGACGCCCUCGACACUGACGCAGAUGACGCAAUAUCUUUGGACGACCUACUAAAACACUACAACCGACCGGUCCUAUUUGCCGGAAAAAGUGCGGACUUGACCUCUGAGAGCGUUGACUCAGGAGAGACGCGGACCAGGCGACUCUCCCUUGCCAGUUCUGAGAUUUUGGACUCUAUUGGCGACGACGAGGCUCCGGAGAGCUGGGACCUGUCGAGGAACCAGCUGAGCCCGUACACCGAGGAGCCGGUCCGACGGCCGAGAAGCCGCGAGUCCAGGCACCGGAACCUGGCUAUCACGCCGAGCGACGAUUCUGGUAACUAUGGCGACAGCUCGGCCACAAACACCCCCUGUGAGGAGGACUCUCUGUAUUCCUUCAUUCUCACCCAGUCGGACGUCGAGGUGACCGACUGCCUGAAGCAAGACAAUCGCCGCAGUCCGGUACAGCCGGACAAAGAGCGGCUGUCGCUCAACUUUGCCAGCCAGAGGAGGCGUGGUCUCAGGUCGCCCAGCGACAAGAGGCUGGCGUCAGACAACAGUAUGGCGUCAUCCGAUGACGCCUCGCCCAACGGUCGUACCCCUCGACCUGGCUCCGAUAGUCCCAGGCUAUCACGGGUCAAGACCCCGACCCCCGCCACUAAACAAGACAAACCGGAAAUGCCCGAGGCAGAGCUGGGAUUUUUGUCCCCAUCCAGCCAAGAGCAAGUUUGUGAACUGUACCAAAACUUACAUAGUGUUGACAAACCGGAACUAGUAUCACAGUUUGAGAGUAUUCUGUUGAACGUUAUCAACGACGUACGACAAUACCAACUCGAAAAUGAACGACUUGAAAAAACGUACAGAAGAGAGAAAGAUGAACAUGACAAACAUUUACGUAGACUGGAGGAGGAAAUGGAACAGCAAGUUCAGAGUGUGGAGGAGCGGGUUCGGAAACAGGAGAAAGAAAGACUAGAAUCAGAGAAGUUGGAACUUAGGAACCAGCUUGACUCAGAAAUCAUAAUGCUACAGAUGAACCUUAAAAAGCUAACACAGGAUGGUGAGAACAAAUUGGACAAGAAUCAAGAAGAACAUCUUCUAAAUUUGAAAAAAAGAUUAGAAGAAAUUGCCUCAGAAAAUAGAAUGUUAAAGUCUGAACUAACUGACGCACAGACAAACUUGGCAUUGAUACGAAGUCAAAUGUCCACAGUCAAACAGCAGUUGGAUGAGAAGAAUUAUGAACUAGAGAUUGAAAACAAAACCAUUGAGGAUUAUGUUAAUGAGCAAGACAAGCUUCGGCGUCAGCUGCAGAUGUUACACGAAGCCAAUAAAAACUUGCUGGACACCAAUGAUAAUUUACGCGAGAUGUUGGACUCCUCGCCAAAUGGGACAACAGGCUACAAGAGACAAGCCUCCACCGAUUUUGAGCUGGGGGCAUUGUACAAAUCUGGAGCCAGUGCUAAAAGUAAUCGCAGUCUGUCGCCCAACUUCCCGAGGAAAGGUUCUGUCAUGAGUGACUAUGUUGACAUCCAUCCAGGGAACCGCCCUCUACUAGAGUCUGGCAUGAUGCCCAGAUUUUUGACGGAGAGCUGCGACGAUGACAAUAUGGCUGAGGAUCUAGGUGACCAUCCUGUUUUACUUUCUCCCGAUAGUGGUCACUCAACUUUACGUGACUUGAAUGAUGCUAAUGAUGACACAGAGCUGGACAGUGUCAGUGUGCAAAGUGACAUAAGACGCAGCCGUCGCCAUAAGAGAUUGAGAACAGGUCUGCGAGUUCAAGAGGAAGAGGAGCCUGAUUCCCAUGAUGAAGAAUCUGACACUGAACACAAUGGCCUGGAUUCAUUUCGGCUGCCCAGUGACCAUAAAAGGUCCCCUUCUGUUGGCAGCAGGGGAUCCAAUCGUAGUCAGAAAUCUCUGAACAGGGAGGAGUCAAUACUCAGUCAGUCGUCCAAAUCUAGCCGGGGCUCCAUGAGAAGACAGCUUCCUCCAGUUCCUAGAAAAGAUGUUGCAUUAGCCACCAAAGUAUCCAAGGAACCAGAGCGCAUGUACAAGAUAGUUUUAGCUGGAGAUGCAGCUGUGGGCAAGUCUAGCUUCAUUGUCAGGCUGUGCAAAGGAAAGUUUGUUCCCAAUCUCAGCUCCACACUAGGUGUUGAUUUCCAAACUAAAAUGCUGGAUGUGGAUGGUCAUCCAACAGCUCUGCAACUCUGGGAUACAGCUGGACAAGAGAGGUUUCGUAGUGUGGCAAGGACAUAUUUUAGACGAGCUGAUGGUGUUUUGCUGUUAUAUGACGUCACCUAUGAGAGAUCUUUCUUGAAUCUAAGAGACUGGGUAGAUGCUAUUGAGACAAAUAGCAAGGAAGGUGCCUUAAAGAAAGUUCCAAUCAUGUUGGUGGGAAACAAAACAGAUGCCAGACCUGAGCUGGAACUUCAGGGCAGGAGAGUGGUUAAACAUGAUGAUGGUGUGCGCCUAAGUCGAGAAAUUGAUGCUCUGUUCAUUGAGACAAGUGCCAAGGAUGGGGCAAACAUUACAGAGGCUGUCAUAGAAUUAACAAGAUUAUUGCGGACAAAUGAGGACAUGGAGGUGAAAACUGUAGGGAUGCAGUUACAGGAGAUGAAGGAUAAAAAAUCUGGCUCCUGUUGCAACAGAUCCUAAACUUUGUGUUCAAACAGACAUUAAGUGCCUGAUACAGUAUGUGUGAAACAAUUUUGUUUUAGUUAUGUUUUAAUUUUAUUUUGUAUAUGGUGAAACUUCACACACAUUGGGGCCUUCAUUGUACAUACCAUACAGAAGUUAAUUUAUUUACAAGUGAGAUAUUUAUUUUACAAGUGUAUAAACUGUACAUUGUAAUAAGUGAUGAAGGGUACAGGUGGAACUUAUGCAACUUUUUAAUUGUUUAAAAUGUACAUAGUGCUUUAGGACUACUUGCAAUGUUGUUUAAGCUAUUAAUAGCAUAAUAAUAUUGUGAGUAGGAGAUUCUUUACUAUACAAUUGUUUUAAAUUAUUCUAAAUUAUUUUUAAACUGACUGUGAUUAAGGCUGUACAAAAUCUGGUUCCUCUGAAAAAUUUCUCUCAAUAACAUUUGUAAUAACCUCUAGCUAUGAUGAUUAGAAUAUAAAAAUAAGGUGGUGUUGAAAGACCAAAAUUAAUUGAAAUUACAAUUUAAAUGUAUAAAUACUACUUUAUUUUAAAUUAUUGAUUUAAUUUAAAACAUCACAUUUAUUUUAAAAUUCAGCAAACUGUGGAGGGCUAAUAUUUACUAAUGCCAUUAAUUAUUAUAAAAUGUAUGUACAUAAGAAGUACAAAUGUAUUAGCAGGGUUCAACAUUGAAAUUAGCCAAAAUAAUUUUUUACACCUUUUUAAACCACUCACCAUCAUUCCACAACUGUUCUAUUUAGAAUAUGCAACCAUGUUGCAGUAAAGGUAGUUGUCUCAUUCUUGUUAUAGUGUUAUAUAUUAAUGUUUUAUAACAGGUUAAAACUUGUAAAAGUGCAAUUACACAACAGUUUCAGUUAAAAUUGUUUUAUUUUAAAAUUGUAAGCAUUAUGUUUUGUUGUCAGAAAUCUUUUGUUCAUUGGACACACCUUCAACAAUUUAUCUUACUUGUCUUUCAUUCAUUUUUUAAUGUUUUGUUAUCAUUUGAUUUUGUAGUCAGUACAGUGAAUUGCAUUGUAAUUUAUUGUUUUAAUGUAAUAUUAGCUGUUCAAGUAGUUAUCAUUCUUAAUAAGCAUAUAAUUAAUAAUUUAAUUAUAUUUUAAUAAAACUUUAAGAAAAAAUAAUACACAACUAGAUUGUUGGUAAUUGUUGUCAGACAAGCUUUAUAAAAUAGUUGGUAUUGUUGAAGUGCCUUUCCACUGAUUAAGUAUUUAAGCUUAAUUAUUUUAUUUUACUAAGGGUAUUUUUAAAAAUUUCUCUGACUUGUGUUCAUCCAAUAAAGCAAUUCCUUGUGUUCAGUAUGAAUCUCAUUCCAGUUCAUCAUUAAAGCAUUUAAUUUAUUUGUUUAAGUUUUCUUCAUUAUUUUGAAAAAAAUACAUUAGCAUUUCGCUUUACUUAUAAUGAAUCCUAAAUCUUGGUUUACCCAAAGAUUUAGAUGUCAUUUGUAUAUUGAGAUGCUAGGAAUGUUUUUACUUCUACUUCAACAUGAAAAUGAAAUUAUUCUGUUGCUGUUAAUCUUGGAUGGAUCGAUACUAUAAUUUUGUGUUGCUAUUACAAUUGGAUGGAUGUAAUUUUUGCUCAUUUAAAGGUUGUAAAAUAAUACAAUACUUUAAAUUGCUUUUUACUUUUCAGUUAAAAGAAAUUAUAAACUAAAUUUUCUUACAAUGCUUUUAAAAAUAUUUUCUGUACCUUUAAGUAGGCCUAUAGGGUCAGAUCUUAUCAAAGCUAUAGCCUAAGUUGCUAGUACAAUAACCUAAACAGUGAUAUUGGCAGGUAAUAAACCAUUGUAAGCCUAUGGUACAGAUUUCUUUGUUGCCAUUUAUUUAGUGUAACAUUUUUCUUAGAAAUUAAGCCCUAAUUUAAAGUAUUAUACAUUUUUAUUAUGUUUCAUCUCAUGUUAACUUCUAGAAUAUUAUUUGUUAAGUUACCAUAUAUACUCUUUCUGAAGCUCACUCAACUUCCCCCCCCCCCUCCUCCAAUCACCACUAAACUGUUGUUUUCAAUGAAGAUGAGAAGAGACCUACCCAGAAAUUUUAUCUGACCAGCUGUUAAGCCCAAGUCACUUACAUUUAGCUAAGCUACAUUUUUGAAAAUCGUGAGCUAAUGGAUAAGUGUGUAUGGUGACAACAUUAAUAACAUUCUGUAUUUUAAGGAAACCUUUUGUUGGUGUUCUUAUUAUUUUUAAUGUGCUGGACAUGUUAAAAGUAAUUUUUUGUUUCUUAUCUUCUUGCUACUAUUUUUUAAAGAUGUCAUUAUUUCAUAUAACACUAGAAUAAUCUGAAAUGUUUUAAAAUAUCAAUUUGCAUUUAAACUGUUGAUUUUAUGUGAAAUGUUUUUUUUUUAUUUACAUUUAAGUUUGCAGCAACGUUGUGCUUCCCUCUCAUAACAUUUUAACUGAUUAUCCUAUGAGGCAGAAUCUUUGUUAAAAUAAGUUCUAAUAUUUAUUUUAAACAAUGCAUUAUUCCCUUUGUUAAAUUAAUAUAAUGUAGCCUUUUUGUCAUUAUCAUUAAUGUUUUUAGUUGAAGAGCUUGUUUUAUCAACAACUUAUUAAUUGAAAUUAUGAAAUUCCAUACAAAUCACAUUCCCCUGCCAAAAUUAAACCUACCAUAUCUUGAUUUACAGAUGCAGCUACCAUUCUUUUUUAUAUUAAUUUGUUUAAAUGUUUGUAGUUAAUUUUCCUGUUUUACUUACAAAAUUUUGACCUACUUUUAGCAUUGCUUGUCUAGACUAAAAUAUCCUUUUUUGUAAAAAUGGUAAUUUAAAAAUAGUAACUAGUUAACCUACCUGUUUAUAAUAAAACAAAACUAACCUCAAAAAUAGUUAAUUACCAUUCUUUUAUUGCUGUGAAGAAAACAAUGAAUUAAACCAAAACAGAAUAUUGUAGAUACUUUGUACUGCUGACUUUACAAAUGUACCAUUAUGCAUCUUCAAUAUCAAUUAAACUUCAGCAACUACUGCUACACUGUUGUCAUUGUGCUCUUCUUGUUCGGUGUUUCCUGAGUCGUUUAACGUUAUUGUAGCUAUUUUCUGUGGGGGCGUGGUCUGGUGGUAGAAAACACAUUUACUGACCACAUUCAAAUAGCUCCUCUCACCCCCCAUAUCCACACUACAAGGUGUGGCGCCUAGUGAGGCCAGGUCUGGCACCUGGUGAGGUGACUAAAACCAGGCGGACCCAUCAGUCGAGUGGCUGGUUCAAAAAGUUCAUCCAGUGGCUGGUUCAAGAAGUUCAUCCAGUGUAGUUUCAAGCCAGUUCAUGAGAGAAGUUUUUAUUUUCUUACUUAACAGAGAGAGUAGCAGUGUUCUAUAUUCUCUUUCUGUUCACCUAACUAGUGUCCAAAUCUACUUCUCAUCUACCCCCCUCCCUAUCACUUACACUCUCUGUCACUGAUCGGAGCAAUCUGGUUCAGUUUGUAAAUUCUAAUGGCCAAACUUUAUAACAUUUUGUAAUACAAUUUUACUUGGUAAAUGGAAUUCUUUUUAGUUUAUCAACAAACAUAAACAAAAACUUUACAUGAUGCAGUUUUCUCUAUAGUAAAUCUGCUGCAGAGUCCUCAAAAAAAGAAUGUACACACAAAACUUACACCACAACUCACUACAUUCAUCAAAUGUUUUCCAAACAAGUUUAAAUUAAUUUAUAGAGAUCAACAUUAGCUGAUAAAAUACCAAAUUUUUGCGAUAGAACCACAUCACAAGUUUGAUGUCUUUGAUGUGAUUGACCUUCACACAUUUCGCUCUGUUUCGCCUUUGUGAAGGAAAUUAACCACAGUUUAAAUUUUAUGCCAAUUUGCCAUUGAACUAUUCUGUCUUUUAAAAUAACUAGUGAUUUAGUCUAGAAAAAUUAAAGAUAGAAUACAAAGAGUUGAAAUAUUUCUCUGCCAGUGGCAGAAUAUAGGCGGCAGGUGUUAAGUUAAUUUGUAACAUCAAAUAGUGAGUAUAUUAAGUGAUAGAAUCAAAUAUUAUUUAAAAUGCCAUACUUGACAAUGGGUCAUAAUAUUUCCAAAUACAAAUGAGCACUAAAAUAUAAAACCCACUUUAAAAAAAUAUUCUUAGAUUUAAAGUUAUUUUUGUUAUAGUUUGGGCAAACUCUGUUGGCAGCUUUUUUUUAAUGUUAAAGGCAAAAGUUUACUCAAUUUCUAAUUUGUCUAGUAAUUAAAGCUCAGAUUUUAAGCUACUUGAUGUCAGAAGCAGCAAUAACCUCUGAUGUGUAAAAGACUUUUGGGGCCAAUUCUUUGAUUUUUUAUGCACAUUUGACAAAAAGAAAAAAAUUUCUAUCGAAGACUACAACUAAUAAAACACAAAAAAUAGCUGCAAAUGUUAAAUUUUUAAAUUGGUGUGUAAAUAAAUGUAGAUAAAUUAUACUAAAUCAAUAUACUUUUUAUCAUCUUUUUUAAAACUUCACUUUUCUCUUUUUUUACAACUUGCUUGUCCGGUAUUUUGACACUAAAAUAAACAUUUUGUUCAGACACAGCCA